CGUGCCUCGCACGGCUCAAGCCCACUGUGAGACCCGCGAUGAUGCUCGAUGCUAGCGUCUGGCGCACCUAACACCAGGAUGGUGCUUGUGAGCCCUCUUGACAUGCUCACCUGCAGCAUCCUCAUGCCACCACCGCAUUGCGGUCGUGAGGGGCGCCGUCGCGACACAGCGAUGCCGUAGAUCCUGAGCGCCGCGAAGCAGACACCUCCUUCCUCGCAUGCUCCGGAACGCCGAUCGGCUGAGCGUAGUUCCUCUGGCACCUCGUCCAAUGGGCCCGCAUCGCCUCGCGCUAGCCUCGUCUGACUCGUGCGGCGCGCGACAUCCGGACUCGCCAUCGACCUCCGUGUCCGCCGUACCAGGUCGGCCUCGCACGACCUCGCCGCCCGAGACUUCGACCUGCGAACCUGCGUCACGAGCUUCGCGCGCCCCACCGAUCGAUCCGCACCACGUCACACCAUCCGAGCCUGCGAGCCUCGACCGCGAGAGUCCAUGGUGGCCGCGUGGCGAUGUAGCAGCCCAGACGAUCCGAGAGGAGCGCUGGGUCUGCUACGCCGUCGCAAUCGCCUCGGGUCCUGCGUCCUCCACGCGCCGGGCGGUCGGCCCUCGGCCUCGCGUCCUCCUCGUCCGGCCCGUCAGUUGUGCGGCACUUGCGCCUCGUGCGCUGGCGGUCCAGCCACGUUGAGCGCUCGCCGCGCUAGCUGCAAGCUAAGUGUUAGUUGGACGGGACAUGCAUGAUAUUUUCGAGACGUGAGCCGCAGCGCCUGGUCUUGACCGCCGCGACACGACUCCGGCGGGCUGAUAGGGUAGAC